GAGAGGGCAAGGGCAUUCAUCCCAGCUUGGCUGGAACAGUUUCCAUGUCUGAGAUUUGACAAAGAGAAGAAUGAAAUGUUCUGUGAGCCUUGCAGACAUUUCCCUUCCAUCAGUGAUAAGACAUGCAGUCUGUACAAGGGCAACAGUACGUUCCGCAAAACAUUACUGGAUUGUCAUGAUCCAAGCAAGAAGCAUGAGCUGUGUGCUGCAGCUUCCCAAGCAAAGAUUGAUCGUGAGAAUUCUGUGGUGGCCCCUAUACUGCGUGGCCUCUCUAAGAUGCAGGAUGAACUUCGUGCUGGCAUGAGCAACCUUAUCCAUGUGGCCUACUUUGUGGUCAAGAGUGAGAGGCCCUUUACAGAUUUUCCUGUCUUGGUGGACCUGAACAGGAGGACCGGUGCCAAGAUGCCCCUGUGUUACCACCACGACAAAGCCUGCGCACGAUUUUUUGUGGACAUCUACCAGUUCAUUUAUGACCCUAUUCUGGCUGAGGUGAAGAGUGCCCGAUUCUUCUCAGUCAUGAUAGAUGGGGCAACGGACAAGGCGAUCCUGGAACAAGAAAUCGUGUACGUACGGUACCUAGACUCCACCAAGAGGCCAAAAAAUGUGUUUUUUAGCAUUGAACACGUCAAAGUGGACGACUGGAAGAAGAGGUUGGUGGGGUUCGGGGCAGAUGGGGCUUCUGUUAACUUCGGGAAAGACAAUGGUGUCCAGGCCCUCCUCAAACGAGAUAUCGCAUAUCUCAUUGCCCUUCACUGUGUGGCCCACCGUGCUGAGAGGGGGCUCGUUGACAGCCUCAAGGAGCUUGACAAGCUCAAGGCACUUCAUCAGAACCUUAAGUGGCUUUACAAGCACUAUAAGUUCAGCCCAAAAGCCUUACAUGAGCUGCGUUUGGUAGCGGAGGCCUUGGAGGAGAAAGUGCUGAAGCCAACCAACCUUGCUGGGGCGAGAUUUCUCCCAUACAUACACAAAGCCAACAAGAUUGUGUGCGAAAGCUACGCGGUAUUCGUGACCUACUUCCAGGAUCUCAUAAGCACUGAGAGAAGACCGAAGCCAAGCCCAAAGGUGCGAGGAAGGGCGUACAGGAUCCUCACCUUCCUCAUGGACUAUGACAAUGUACUUUUCAGUUAUUUCAUGCGUGACACUUUUGAAGCCCUCUCUGAGUUGUCACUGAACUUCCAGAAGGACAGCCUGACUGUAUGUGAUGCUGUGGAAGCCCUGGAGACAUGCUCACUGAAGUUAGUGGACCUGCAGUUCCAACCAACUGAGGGGAUGCAGGAGGUCAUUGAUGCAGUCUCAAAAACCGGCCUCUUCCGAGGGACUAAACUCAAGUAUGUCAACGAAGGGCAGAUUCUCUUUCUCCGGAAGAAAGUCAUAGAUGUGCUCAUCAAGCACCUGGAGAAAAGAUUCCAAGAUCUCCAGAAAGGGAGUGUCCCUUCAAAAUGUUCCAUCUUCAACCCCAGUCAGUGGCCCUCUGACAGACAGCUGGCUGCCUAUGGCAAACAAGACUUUGCUGAUAUCUGUGAGCAUUAUCAGCCCCUGAUGGACGAGCACAGUGUUACAACUAAAAUGCUGAAGUCUGAGUUCAUCCUCUACAAGAGUUAUGCAGCAGCCCGCACACUUCACUUGAAUGCCACAGAUCUUCUCUGGCAUCCUGUGUGACACUGAGAGAUGCAAACAGUAUAAGGGGCUGUCAAUACUGUUUGAAAUAUACCUUGUUCUGGCAGUCAACACUGCAGUGUGUGAGCGGGGGUUCAGCUGCAUGAAGAGGGUGAAGAACGACUGGCGUUCCUAUCUGGGUAUUGAGCAGCUCAGCCGCCUGAUGUUUUCCUCCAUUGAGGGCCCCUCAAUGGACAACUUUGAUGCUGCCGGAGCCGUGGAGAAGUGGUGGACCUCAGGAAAUAGGGCUCGUCGCCCUGGCUUCAACCCGUGGCAGAAGGAGCAGGAGCAGGAGAUACGGGACGACCUCUAUGAAGACCUGGUUCUUAUGGAUCAGGAAGCCGAGCAGGAGGAGAAUGUGCGCCAGGAGGCCAUAUCUGACGAGCUCGGACUUGAGGCAGAGAAUGUGGCUGCU